GAGACUUCCCUAACUUCGGUUUUCCAAAUGAAAGGUGUAUUUUGGCGCGCAUGCGCACUUAGGUGGCAGGAGGGUACUUAAGGCGCGGCCACCAGAGCUGCAGCAUUGCGCCCAGCAACAGAUUCCAAAACCAGUAAACCUCAACGAACCCUUGCUUUCGACCACCCACUCACUCUCGGAACCAUGGCCGCAGUGGCAGCAGCCUCGGCAGAACUGCUCAUCAUCGGCUGGUACAUCUUCCGCGUGCUGCUGCAGACCCUGUCCCCAGUGCGCCCGCGCCAGCCGGGAACAAAGACUCAGGGGUGCGGCGGCCGCCCGCUGCGGACGAUCACGACCAGCGCGGUGUUCCUGGAAUGCUGCAUUUACUGGGUAGGAUUCGCUUUUCGAAAUCCUCCAGGGACACAGCUCAUUGCGAGAAGUGAGGUGUUCAGGUACUCCCUGCAGAAGCUGGCGCACACGGUGUCCUCCUAAAAUUGCUUCCUACAAGGGUUUGCCACUUGACAGUGUGGCCAGCUGUGAGAGAGAGGUCCGAAGCACAGCCAGCAGAGCUCUUGUUUGUAAAGAGGCCCGGAUUGUCAUCCCUGCAUCUUCAUUGACACUGAGUUUGUUACGUGGAAACUCGACAUUUGCAACUGAACUUGCCCUUUGAUAUCCAUGUUUCAUAAAUGGACUCAACGCUUCUUAUUGUGCCAACAUUUCAUUAUGAAAAUUCUUUCUGCCUCUGUGAAUGUUUGAUUUAUGAGAUUUUUUUGACACACA